AUGCACUUCGAGUCCGGCGGCGGGGUUGCCAACCUCCUGCAGAGUUACACCCCCGAUGGUGGGGGCCACGGCUUGACCCACAUUGACAGUUUGGAAGACCCACCACGUGGCAGUGCCACUCAGAGUGUCAAAAGUAGCACCCCCGUUGGAGCUUCCCCGGGUAGUCCCGCAGGUGAUAAAAAGAAUGAGCAAAAAAGCGAGCCAAAAGAUGCGUGGGUUUUUGCAUGGAAGAAGCUGAGGACCGGCCAUUUGGAUAGCCUGGAGGAAUCAUCCCACGCGAGUGGAUACGCGGUGCCGCCCAUUGGACGUGUAGACCCAAGCGAAGAGAAUGAUGGGGCUCGUUCGCAGAGGGAGAAAGAAGGAGGAGAUGUUACAACCACGGCCACUGCACUGUUGCCAUUAUUGCAGAUUGAAAAAGAUGUAGAAGGGGAGGAGUCUAGUGAUGAUCCCCCAGUUAGUGGCACGGAGUGGCAUGCCAUCGUCGGGGCAGAUAAAUUGGUGGAGUUGCCCAAAAGGUGGCAGGCCAGGAGUUGCAUGGCGGAAGGGAACGACUGCAGUGGGGGAGAUGGAGCAGGCAACUCGUCUAACGGUGGUGGAAACGCAGGGGGGAGCAGUGGAGACGACGGGAAAGGAAAUGGGAACCGUGGAAAUGGACACAUGGAUGGUGGCCACCAGGAGGAUAACCAGCAGGAGGAGGACGACGAGAAGAAGAAGAACGAACAGAGGAAACGCAAAAACGGCGAAGACACCAUACAGGGGGGUAUUACAAACGGUGAUAAUGGUUUGAACUUGGGGGUGGACCCCAAAAUGAAUUACUUCCCAAACGGGAAUGGAAUGGUUAAUGGGGGGUUAGGCAUCGGAGGAAUGGGUAGCGGCUCCCCUUAUGGCAGUGGUCACAACGAACUGCUUGACCAGGACAGAGUAGUAGCUAAUGGUCAAAGGAAAAUACCAGCAGGUGGUAAUUACAGCAACAGUAGCAGCAGCAUGAGCAAGGUGGAGAGUAGCCCUGUCAAAUUUUCCGCCCCUAAUAAGAUACCGCUACAGAGUCUGGGCGGUGCGAUUGGGAAUGGGUCCCUCAUGAAUGGGGCGAAAUUUAGCGUGGAAGGUGCAAGUGUCAAAAACGGGACCACCCUGGCGGGAAACAAAAAUUUAGGUAUGAACAGUUUGAGUGGUGCGAUGGGUAGUGCCAAUAUGAGCUUCCCCAAGAAUAAACCCUUUAUGGCGAAUCCGCAAAUGGGGUUUGUGAGCAACGUGAAUGGGGGUGGCUCCAAGGGGUCGCGAAUGAACAACAUGGGAGAAGUUAGCCGAAUGGGCGACGCCAGCCGAAUGGGUGAAGCCAGCCGAAUGGGGGAAGUCAGCCGAAUGGGCGAAGCCAGCCGAAUGAAUGGUCCGAACUGCAAAGACAUGAACGAUGAGUGCUCCCCGGAGAGCAAAAAAAAAGACACAGGGAAGAAAGAAAUUAUGGACGGACCAUUAAAAAAUAGCGACAUGAAUAGCUAUCCCAAUGGUGCCAUCGGCAUGGGAAGCAACAACAUGAAUAUGCUUCCAUCUCAUGGAAUGAAUAACUCGAAUGCAUUUUUAAACAGCAACAUGGGUAGAAUGAACAGCCUGAAUGCAUUUAAAGGAAUUGGCAAUCAAUACAAUGCAAUAAAUAUACCACCGAUGAUGGGUGGUGCAGGUGGUAACUCUUACAGCUUCCAUGUUCCUCCUCCCCAUCCGUAUGCUGGCAUGAAUUUGAUGAAUUCUAUGGGGAUGAUGGGGAGUGGUGUAGGGAACGCCGCCGGCAUUGGAGGUGGCUUUUUGCCCGGAGGUCCCAUGAACGAGAUGCACGCGGGGGUGAUGGGCGGGUUGGCCAGCGGCAUGCCGAACGGGUUGGCUAGCGGCAUGGCGAACGGGUUGGCUGGCAGCAUGGCGAACGGGCUGGCUGGCAGCAUGGCGAACGGGCUGGCUAGCGGCAUGAUGAACGGUUUGGUGAACGGCCCGCAUGGGAGUAUCCCCCUGGUGAACAGCCCAAGCAGGGCAGCCAGCGCGACGCAAGCAGCGGGGCCCAAGGGAACCAGGAAUGUAGGUACCAAAAGUGUAGGUGGAAACGGAACAGAAACAGAAAAUGGAAAAAAAAAUAAUGACACUCAUUCUAACAGUAGAGGUGCAAACAAAAUGAAUAGCAAUAACGAAAGUAACAAAAACGGAAUUAAAAAUAUCCGAAUGGAGGAUCUCACCUUUAAUGAAAGCGUAUAUUUAAAAAACGUUGAUGGUCUUGAUUUGAGCAAAAAUUUUGUGAAUGGAAAGUACUGCUCCAAGUUGCCAUCUAAUGAAAAAAUCUACAACAUUGUCAGCUACAUUGUGGAGAAUUCCCUCGUGGAUUAUUUGCUGGAGUUUUAUAACAACGAGAGUUUGCUUUAUAAUGAGAAGUCCGAGCUGUCGGAUGGCAACAGUGGGGUGGAUAACAGCCCAAGGGGAGACGAACUGAAGGGUGUCACUCAGGACGAGCAGGAGGCAGAAAAGGAGAGUUCCCCGAACGUGAAGGUAGAAAUCGGAGAGGAGAACAAAGCGGAAGUGUGCGAGGGGGGAGAGACCCUGAAUGGUGACAAUGCGAAGGAAACGGUUAAGAAGCAGGACGAGGGGGUCGCAGAUGAGGGGAUCGCCGACGAGGGGGUUGCCGACGAGAGGGUUGCCGACGGAGCUACCCCAGAGAAGCCAGCAGAAGGACAGACGGACAAAGAGCAUGACUCUGUGCUGACCCCAGGUGAGCAGCUCAAGGAGGAGUGCACCCCCAGUCAGACGAAUAAAAAAAACGUCCCAAGUGAGAACAUCAGUGUUAAUAACAGGAAUGAGGAGAAGCUUGACGCGGCGGAGGUGAAGGAGACCCCAAACAAGGGAGAGACCGCCACAAUCACUGGUAUUAGCGGCAGUGGUGGGGGCAGCGUGGGGCGCGAAGCGGACGAAAGCAACAAGUUCAUCCUGACCGAAAUAACGAAGAGUAUAUGCUCCAUAAUAAAUCUACAACAACUGAUGCCAGUCAACAACAGAUUAAGCAACCCGAAUUUGAUUUAUGAUCCAAAUUAUGAUACCAUUUAUUCAAAAUGGAAAACUUUUUUGAGGAAAGAGCAGUCCUGUGGAAAUGUUAUCAGCAUGUGUUUCUCGAGAGAUUUUUUGCACACCGUUUUGCUGUGUAAUUAUGUGACAAUAAUUGAGGAUUUAAAGAAGACCGCUGUGAAGAAGAAAAUAAAAUAUUUUUUUCUGAACCUCUGCCUGGAGGCCGGGCUGUCCGUCGACGUCGCCCUCAUGCUUUUCAUCAACGCGGCCAAGCAGAGCAACAAGUUGCAGUCCCUCCUGCCAUCUGAAACCGGCCUUGGAUAUCUGCAUCGAGACGCAGGAGGAGCCAAAGAAGAAAAUAUGGGUAUCAUCACCUUCGAGUGCAUAACGAAUGACCGAGAACCGGAUCACUUAAUCAAGCUGAUUACAUUGAAAAAUAUUUUCUCCAGGCAGUUACCCAAGAUGCCUCGAGAGUAUAUCGUUCGAUUAGUUUUCGAUCGAAAUCAUUACACGUUUUGCCUUUUAAAAAAGAACACAGUAAUUGGGGGAGUCUGUUUUAGACCUUACUUUGAGCAGAGAUUUGCUGAAAUUGCGUUUCUCGCGGUUACCUCAACGGAGCAGGUGAAGGGCUACGGCACGAGGUUGAUGAACCAUCUGAAGGAGCACGUGAAGAAAUUCGGCAUCGAGUACUUCUUGACGUAUGCGGACAACUUCGCCAUCGGGUACUUCCGCAAGCAGGGGUUCUCCCAAAAAAUUUCCAUGCCGAAGGAGAGAUGGUUUGGUUACAUUAAGGACUACGACGGAGGAACGCUAAUGGAGUGUUAUAUUUUCCCGAACAUAAAUUAUCUGCGCUUAUCGGAGAUGUUAUACGAGCAGAAGAAGACCGUAAAAAAGGCUAUCCAUUUUAUUAAGCCACAAAUUAUUUUUAAAGGACUUAACUUCUUUGUACAAAAUAAAGGAGUUAAUAAUGGCAUUCACCCGAGUAACAUCCCUGGGUUGCUGGAAGUCGGAUGGAAAAAGGAAGUGAAAUAUUUCCCAAAGAAGGCGCAGAACAAGGAUGUACAGCUGAAGGAUCAGAUUUUAGGCGUUUUGGACUUCCUCGAAAAGCAACAGUCUGCUUGGCCCUUCCUCAAACCUGUGAGCCUGUCGGAGGCACCCGACUACUACGACAUUAUAAAGGAGCCCACGGAUAUUUUGACCAUGAGGAGGAAGGCCAGACAUGGCGAGUACAAAACAAAGGAGGACUUCGGAAUUGAGCUGAAGCGCAUGUUCGACAACUGCCGCCUGUACAACGCGCCCACGACCAUCUACUUCAAGUACGCCAACGAGUUGCAGGCGCUUAUAUGGCCCAAGUACGAGUGUAUAACUGAUGUAGGAAAGUGA